CACCAGCUCCGGGCCGUUUUAUAUAAUUCUUUGUGCCAGAGGCAUUGAGCUUGUGUCUCCCCUUCUAGACAUCGCCAUUAUUGGAUGCACAGAUUAUUAUGAGCACCGCUGCGAUUAUUCCAGACUUUAACGGUUUCGAAUGGGACGGACCGUCAUUUUCCUCCAAGGUAAGUAGCGGUCGGUAUUCGACAGAUGCAGGAAGACAUGAACGCUUGUCGCAUUUAGGUAAUCUCCAAUCAUUGCACAGUCUCACCUUUCCGUGUGGCCAAGACACUGGUGCUCUCACAACACCUUGCCACCCCUCAUGGCAAUCCAGGCUGACACCUCACAGUCGACAUUCGAUAAUAUCCUCAGUCAAUUCGAGCAGGACCCUGUGUUCCUCGAUCCCUUGUACCAGACACCUGGUUAUUAUCUUCGGCCAAUGUCACCCAUCCCCAACAUACUCCUCACCCAAAUGCCAAACCCCUCUUCAAGUGAGCUGCACAAGACAGAAAAAGCCUCCUCUUAUAUCACCAAUAGCUGUAUUGGGAAAGAUGACCUACCUGCACAGGGCGGAGAGGUGCCGCAGUCGAAGCAUUCCAACAAGAACCUCGAUUCAUCCUGGACAGAUAUGAACCAGACAAAAGUCCUACCGCCAGCACUUACUACGGGGCUUUUGGAGCGACGCGACUCGACAAUAAGCAAUAAAGAGAGCCUCGUGGGCUUGGAAAAGACUCCCACUCAAGUAAAGAUGCGCUCGGCAUCACGCAGGCCAAAAAAGGUCGGCAAGAAACCCGCACUCCCUGCGCAUAUCGUUCAGGCUAGGCAGUGCCAUAACGAUGUUGAGAAGCAGUAUCGCACCCGCUUGAAGCAGAAAUUCGAGCGACUAUUGGCGGUGCUCCAAGCUUCAAAGGUGAAGGACGAGUCCGGCGGCGAAGGAGAUUCGGAAGCACCGGACUGUGGUUACAGUCGAGGGGAGGUGUUGGAUUUCGCAAGGCAGCGCAUCCUCGCCCUCGAGGAGGAGAACAGACGUCUGUCUGAUCAGGUACAGCACCUGGACAGACGCUUUACGAUCGUAUAAUGACACAAGAGAAGCUGGAUGUCGGCAACGACAACAUGUACAUAGGUAGUGCUAUAAGAUGUUUUUGGAUGUGAGUGUGGCUAACCACUCACUUAAGAGAUGUUUUUGCUUUGCGUGAGACACUCUGAGGUCCGUGC